AUGUCUGCCGCACGAAGAGCCACCACGGUCAUAGCUGCUAACCGUUUCUCUGUUUUCAAAUUGUCCAAGGAAAGACCGGCGACGGGGAACGAAGGUCGACGACGGGAGGAGCGCGAGGAGGAUGAGGACCACGAGGAGGUGGGGACGGAGAUAACUCCCAUAGGGGAGCACCAGGACGAGCGGCGCGGAAAGAGACCGAAGGAGGGAGAGGGGGAGGAAGACCGGGAAGUUCGUCCGACGGCAAAGGAGAUGCUGUCGCGAACACCGAACGACCAGCUGGCGGGGGCGACGGACGAGCGACGGGCGACGGGCGGGAAGUUGUCGAGGCGAUCACAUUCCUCGCCUUUGGGAGCCAGCUCCCAUCUUCCAGGUUGGGCCGCGAGGAGGGCCAGGAGACUCGCCGAAGUUCUUACCGUUCCAGAGCGAGGAGCAGGCGAGGAAGAAGGGGCUUCAACCCGUACCCGUUUACGCGCCGGGGUGGGCGAGGACAAAGCGGACGAAGAGGAAGAGGACACCGAUAUUGGUGAAGAAGUUCGGCGAUGUCUCUUCUUGGGAGACCGAAGGAUGGAGGGUUUUCUUGAUGAACUCGCCUCUUUCGAGGGAGUUUGUCUCUUGGCCGGGGUCGACGAUGGACCGGCGACGGGAGCGGGAGGAGCGGGAGGUGCGGAGGACGAGGACGGUGUCGACAGCGAAGGGAGAGCAGCCGACAGGGAAGAGAGACGAAGACCAGCCGAGCUGGCGAGGCGGCGGACGAAGGACGAAGGAGGAGCAGGAGGAGGAGACUGA